UUCAAGUUCGUAGACCACUUGUAACAGACAGCUUCCGCUUCACUUCUGCUGUGUUGCGGAAUGCCUUGCCUGCUGAUUAAUGACCCCCAAACUUGAAGGUGCCGGCCAGGUCUGUGUGCCACCACUGCAGCCAGUGGCACUGGCAGUCGAAGGUGAACUCGUGACCUGCCCGUUUGCUGUCUUUCUCUCCAUCUGCUGCCACUGCCAGUAGUGACCGCAACUGACUGCGAUUGACUGCGCUGCGCCCAUUAUCCUUGAGCUGCUUGAUCCCGACCACAGCCUGAGCUACAGUUCGUCUGCCUUUGUGCCUGGCUCCUUUGCUGCCGCUUGUAUCUCUCACCCUGCAUCUCCCAUCAAAGACUUGCCAUAUUCCGACGAAAAUCAUCUCUCGUUUAUAAGGGGAGCCACCUGCUGACUUUGAAGCUCCUCUCCUCCCACUUACCCAUCCACAAUCCUGUUCGCAUGGCUUGAGCCGCCACUUCUCUGUUCGCUUCUCUCGCCUGGGAGCCUCAAGGCUCACUAGCUAUCUCGACGUGCGUUGACGAAGCUCUCAGUCCGUAGACCGUGGGUCUGCGAAGCUCAGUGCUCCUCUCACCGCUCCCUUCAACCUCCGACCCACCAAGUUACAGAAACCCAACAGCCUUUACUCUCUGCCGUGUAACUCCGAUUCGUCAUCAGUACACAACGUCAAAAUGGAAGAGUGCCCUGACGAGGUGCUCCUGAAGGUCUGCGACCUCCUGGACUUCAAGAGUGUAGCAAGUCUACGACGAGUUAACAAACAUCUGGCCGAAGUCGGGGCGGAGGCAUUGGUCAAGAGAGUGCGGUUCCACUGCAGUCAAGUCUCGCUCGAACGUCUUGCUGCCAUCGCCCAACAUGAUGUUUUCAACAAGUACGUGGAUACUAUUGUGUUUGAAGGGAAUAUCCUGGCAAACGUUGGCUGCAUUCACACCUACUCGGCCCAUUACGAGCUUGAACACCACAAAAAUGAGAGACCGCAAUCCCCCGGGAAGAACGCUACUGCUCGAGAGAGGAGACUGUAUGAGCGGAACGUGGCCAAAUUCAACCGCGACAUCAUUGCCAAAUAUGACCGAUACCGCGACUUCUACGAGCGACAACAGGGAUUGCUCAAGUCAAGUGCCUACAGUGAUUUCAUCUCCCCUAGUAUUCCUCGCUUCCCACGGUUGAACAAGCUUGUCUUGUCUACAGUUGGUCGGUGCAAGCACGUGCUUUCGAAGCGAUUUCUUGAAACCUUUGCCGUCGACUGUGCAAUGCCCAUCGAAACCGACACCAGAUACACCAAAGAUCAACUCAAACACCUCCUUUUCCCUCAAGGCUGCCCUCUGACCACGCUUCAUUCAUUAGAAGUGCACGUCAUCAGCCCCAAGUUCUUCACUGGAUUCAUGCCGCGAGAUUCGAUUUGCGAGGCCUUCAAGAACCUCAAAAUCAUUGACCUCAAUUUUCGGCUCGAAAAAGAUGACCGCCACGACCUGGACGUCUCCUCAGCCGAGCGCUGCUAUGGAGAACUCGGCAAGGGGUCCCUUCGGGAAGCCCUCGCCGGUGCCCGGGAUCUUCAAGAAUUGACCAUUAACUUUGACGACUUCGGCUUCUUUGGAGCGUGUGUCAACAUGGAGCACAUCUUGGGCGACCAUACGUGGCCCUCGCUCAAGGUGCUGGACGUCGAUUGCAUGUCGACUACAGAGGACUAUCUACUCAACAUGUUGAAAAGACAAACCGAACUCGAGAGGUUUAGGUUGGGCUUUAUGACCCUUGAUGAUGGGCGGUGGCCUACGGCAACCUUGCGGAUGCGACGAGAUUUACACCUCGUCGAGUUUUCGAGUCACGGUCUUUUGGAGGAUUCCGAGCAAAUGUACCCCAUGCACUACAUCGACGGAGACGCCUACAUGGACGAUUUCCACGAGUUCAGUUUGGCCGCCGCUCUUGACCUCUACGUCACCGAUGUCCACGAUGAAGACGAUCAGUAUCAUCCACUGGAAGAUACCCAGUUUGAGGAUCCGGAGGAGCUCCGUGAAAGAUAUGGCCCGUUCAGCGAUGACGACUUCUCCGACAUGGAUUGCAGCGACUGAUUAGAGAACAGAAUCACAGCAACUGUACUAACCCCGGCGGAUAAUGUAUUCUAUGACUUGACGACUUUUCUCCAUCAUCCAAAUAUUUUGUACAGUACUAGGAGCGACAGCCUGCACUUUAUGAGCGACGGACUACAACAGAUACCCCUUGUGAGCUUGAUCGAUCUUUUACGGUUUCGGAUGUUUUCUUUUUUUUUUUUUCAAAUGGAGUUUCGGGGAUUGUUAAUCAGAGGUUAAAAGGCGACUGUGGAGGGAGGGAGCUUCUUUUCGGGAGUCAGCCGGGCAGCAGACACUGAGCUUGUUUGUGUGGAGGUCUUGUUCUAUGACAGGCGAAGCACCUGUAAAUAGAAAAGCGAUUCAUUCUCUAGAACCAUUGUCCAAUGCUAGUUUUUGCAAGGUCCUUCCUUUUUUAAGGGGUCAAGGUUUCCAAUGUCCUAUGAGAAGACCUUUGCAUAUCGGAAGGAAUAAGGUGUGCCUUGCUGUGGGUGAUUUGCGAUAUGCCCUUUGUUCCAGUCGCCUUCGGGUAGUGGUGGCAGCUGCGGGAUGUUCAUACGAUCCCAUGUCAUGUUUUCGGGAUUCGCCUGCCAUGGCGCGAAUGCUUGCAUAUCUCAGCGACCCUGCACUUGCCACCAUUUUGUUGCUCUUUCCAAGCUGCGUGAAAUGCUAGCAGCAUCGGGAAAGCGCUGUCAUUUCAGUCCCAUGUUGUUCGGGCCAACGCCGUUUAUCAUGUCUGUCUGGUGAGAGUUGUGUAUAUUGCAACACAUAAUAUGGUCACGUCUUUGCGCAUUCAGUAUCGGUCAAUCACCAUUCAGUAUCCCAAGCUCCGAUCUCAACAUCGACAACCACUCCUUUACCAAAAAGUCACUUGCAC